AUGAGUUAAGGUGGAAGUGGAUCUUUCUUUAUCAAUGAAUUAACCAUGAUAUAAUGUAUUGUCAAUAAUUCUUUGGCAGUAAAUGGGGGAGCAUUUUACAUUAACACAAAAUCAACAGGUAAAAUUAUGAUAAGUAAUUCCUCAUUUGAAAAUACGUUAACAACUUUAAAUAGUAAUUAAUUCUCAUCUGGAGGGGUCUUAUAUAUAGAUGCUUCUAAAAGUCGUUUAAAUCUCAUAAUAUCUGAGACAAGAAUAAAUAGAGCUUAUUCUCGAACUUAAGGAGGAGCUAUCUAUAUAGAAGCAUCAAUAAUUCAAAAUGAAAUCAUAUUCUUUAAUGUCUCUAUUGAAAAUUCAUUUUCUUUUAAGAGCUCUAUAUUAUUCUUUUCACCAAGUAAAUUACAAUCUCUAAUAUCAAAUAUUCACAUAGAAUAAUCUAAAUUUAAAAGUACUGAAAAUGAAUUCAAUAUGUAUUUGUCAUAAAUUGAAGAUUUAUCUAUUUAGGAUAUUUUACCAUAUUAAAAAGAAAACCCUGCAAUAUACAUUUAAUAUAGUAAUUUUACAAUAUUAAAUACUUCCUUUCACUAAAUUCAUCUAAUAAAUAUAAUAUAAAUAUUUAAUGGAAUUAAUGUUAAUAUUCUUAAUUUAGAGAUUAUCAAUUCUACUAUUUUUGCUUCAUAAAUUAUUAGAGUUACAUUAAGAUAAGGUAUAUAACAUAUAAAUAUAUCUAGAUGUCAAAGCUAAACUAGUUAUUAAUAAUUUGAUUAUUAAAUCACUCACAAUUUAUCAAUUUAAAGAAUAUGAAUGUAAUUAGGAAACAUAAAUUAUAAAUAAUCAAUUAUUGUGUCCUACAGAUUUUCAAAAAAUUCUAUAUCAUCCAUCUGUCUAGACUAAAUUAAGAAAUAAUACAAAUUAAUUAAAUUGUAACUUAAAUUUAAUUAAAAAAUAUUUUGCUAAAAACUUUAGUCUUAUUGAACUUAAUAAUUUUUAAGAACUGCAUUAGGUUUAAUUAGAGAAUAUCGAAUUUAAUUAAUGUCAUUGCAGCGAUUGUUACUUUGGUUUGAUAUCAAUAUAGGAAUUCGAUUUUUCAUCUUUAAAAUUAUAAAUUAAUAAAAUGAAAUUAUUAAAUAAUACCUGUGGUAGUUUAGGUUGUUUAUCAAUAUUUUAAUCCCAAUUAAAUAACAAUGAGGAUGAGAAUUAAAGAUUAUUAUAAGUCUAAGACCUAGAGGAAAUUGAAUUUAAUCCUAAGUAUAAUAUUUAGAUGAAAAUUGAGGAUAGUUAAUUUUUAUAUAAUAAAGCUUUGUAUGGUGGAGCUUGCUAUAUUUCAAGUGUGAAUAUCUUAUUUGAUAAUUGUUAACUAUUAUAUAAUGAGGCUCAAUAUAAAGGAGGUGGAAUAUUUUAUAAUUCUAAUUAAACUCAAAUUACUGUCAUUAAUAGUUUAAUUAUUAAUAAUACUGCCAAAAUUGCAGGAGGUGUCUAUAUGAGCAAUGAUCAAAUGAUAUAACCAAAAGUUAUGAAUUUAUUUAUGAAAAAUAACAUAGCUCAUUAUUAUGGAAAUAACAUUGUGGAAUAUCCUAAAUAAUUAAAACUCAAAUUCAAUUAAGAAAUACUUUUAGAUAACAAAUUAACCUUUAAGAAUAUUUCAUCAAUUAUUGAAGAAGCACAAAUUCAAUCAUACUCUAUUCUUGGAUAAGAAAAGAAAACUAAAACACUUUUAUUACCAUCUGGUAUUAGAAUUUCUAAAUAUAAAUAUUUUGAUUAUACUACUUAAUCCUACUAACACUAUAAUUUAUCUUUUAGAAUACUUGCUAUUAAUUCUUUUGGAGAAUAAAUUACUAAUCUAAGUAAUUCAUUUUGUUCAAUUUAUGCUUAAGAGAUUAAAAAUACUGAAGAAAUUGUCUAUUCUAAAUUAUAAAUAGAUCCUAUAAUUUCUUAAUAAUAUUUAUCAAUUAAUUAAAUUGAGUUUAAUUUAACAAGUGGUGAUUAUAAUUUGGAUGAUUUGAUUAUUUAUUUUAAUCCUCAAACUGAUGAUUAAAUCUCUCUUUUAUUAGUAUUUGCAUGUGAUUAAAUAUAAGUACUUUAAUUUAAUGAAGUAUUUCCUUAUGAAAAAACAAAUGUUAUCACUGAUUAUUAUUUAUUAGUAAAAUUAAGAACAUUUAAAUGUUAAUUAGGAGAAUAUUUAAAUUCUACAUCAGGAGGGUGUAUAGAAUGUGAUAUAACAUAAAAUUAGUUUUCAGUUACAAUAGAUGCUUUAAAAUGUGAAUUUAGAGAUGAAGUAAAAAUGAAAAGUUUACAGCCAGCAAUGAUUGAAUUAAGAGAAGGAUUUUGGAGAGCAUAUUAUUAUAGCAAUUUGAUAGAAGAAUGUUAUCAUUAGAAACUAAAUUGUGAAGGAGGGUGGAAAACAGGAGAUUAAUCUUGUUCUCUUGGUCAUAUAGGUGCUUUAUGUGAAUAAUGUGAUCUUUAUAAUACUUAAGGAUUUGGAUCUUUUUCUUAGGCUUAAUAAUACAGUUGCUCAAGUUGUGAAGAUAUGGCUGGUAAUAUUGCAAAUAUUUGUUUUGUACUUAUAUGGACUCUAUUGUCAGUAUUUUUAUCUGUAAAUAGUACAAUUAAAUUAAUUGAAGAGUUUACAUUUUAUACUAAAGUAAAAACUAUUGUGAAGCAUAUUAUUUUCUAAUCUUCUUAAACCUCAGUAUUACUUAAAGUGUUUACAAAUUACUUAUAAAUUAUUAGUUCAAUAUCUACUUUCCAAUUAGCAAUUCCUGCAGGAAUAUUACUAACAUUUACAUCAGUAGGAAAUCCAAUAGAAUCUAUGUCGUUUUCAUUGGAUUGCUAUUUAGUUUAAAUGACUACAAUUCCAAUCUUAUAUUUUAGGAUUUUGUGGGGAUAUGUUAUGGUAGGCUUAUAUAUUUUUAUUUUUAUUGGAAUGCAUCUAAUUUUGUUAAUUUUUGAUAAGAAAAAAAAGAUGAGCAUUACUUUCAUAACUACAACUUUUAUUUACAUAUAUAUCUAUUUAUCUCCAAAUAUUAUAAGUGGUUUAGUUGCUUUAUUAUCAUACAGAAAUAUUUCUAAUGUAUAAUGGAUCACUGGGAAUGUUGCAUAUGAUUAUAAUACUGAACAACAUUAUAAAUGGUUAUCAUUUUUUAUUAUACCAUCAUUUGUAAUAAUUAGUAUAUUAUUACCAAUGUUUUUUUGGUUUGUAGUAUAUUAUAAUAGAGCAAAUUUAAACACCAGCAAAGUUAGAAAAAUUUGGGGAUAUUUAUAUAAUGAAUAUAAAGUAGACAUCUAUUAUUGGGAAACUAUAAAAAUCUUAUAGAAAGAAUUUAUAAUAUAUGUUUUAAUUUAUUAUGAGGAUUAUGUUGCUGUUAAGUCAUCUCUAAUAUUUUUUGUACUUUUAGUUUAUGGUUAUUUGACUAAUCAUUAUAAACCUUAUGAAGCUGGAGAUUUGAACUAAAUUGACAGUUUAUAAACAGCAAUUUGUAAAGUUNUAAAAUUAAGAACAUUUAAAUGUUAAUUAGGAGAAUAUUUAAAUUCUACAUCAGGAGGGUGUAUAGAAUGUGAUAUAACAUAAAAUUAGUUUUCAGUUACAAUAGAUGCUUUAAAAUGUGAAUUUAGAGAUGAAGUAAAAAUGAAAAGUUUACAGCCAGCAAUGAUUGAAUUAAGAGAAGGAUUUUGGAGAGCAUAUUAUUAUAGCAAUUUGAUAGAAGAAUGUUAUCAUUAGAAACUAAAUUGUGAAGGAGGGUGGAAAACAGGAGAUUAAUCUUGUUCUCUUGGUCAUAUAGGUGCUUUAUGUGAAUAAUGUGAUCUUUAUAAUACUUAAGGAUUUGGAUCUUUUUCUUAGGCUUAAUAAUACAGUUGCUCAAGUUGUGAAGAUAUGGCUGGUAAUAUUGCAAAUAUUUGUUUUGUACUUAUAUGGACUCUAUUGUCAGUAUUUUUAUCUGUAAAUAGUACAAUUAAAUUAAUUGAAGAGUUUACAUUUUAUACUAAAGUAAAAACUAUUGUGAAGCAUAUUAUUUUCUAAUCUUCUUAAACCUCAGUAUUACUUAAAGUGUUUACAAAUUACUUAUAAAUUAUUAGUUCAAUAUCUACUUUCCAAUUAGCAAUUCCUGCAGGAAUAUUACUAACAUUUACAUCAGUAGGAAAUCCAAUAGAAUCUAUGUCGUUUUCAUUGGAUUGCUAUUUAGUUUAAAUGACUACAAUUCCAAUCUUAUAUUUUAGGAUUUUGUGGGGAUAUGUUAUGGUAGGCUUAUAUAUUUUUAUUUUUAUUGGAAUGCAUCUAAUUUUGUUAAUUUUUGAUAAGAAAAAAAAGAUGAGCAUUACUUUCAUAACUACAACUUUUAUUUACAUAUAUAUCUAUUUAUCUCCAAAUAUUAUAAGUGGUUUAGUUGCUUUAUUAUCAUACAGAAAUAUUUCUAAUGUAUAAUGGAUCACUGGGAAUGUUGCAUAUGAUUAUAAUACUGAACAACAUUAUAAAUGGUUAUCAUUUUUUAUUAUACCAUCAUUUGUAAUAAUUAGUAUAUUAUUACCAAUGUUUUUUUGGUUUGUAGUAUAUUAUAAUAGAGCAAAUUUAAACACCAGCAAAGUUAGAAAAAUUUGGGGAUAUUUAUAUAAUGAAUAUAAAGUAGACAUCUAUUAUUGGGAAACUAUAAAAAUCUUAUAGAAAGAAUUUAUAAUAUAUGUUUUAAUUUAUUAUGAGGAUUAUGUUGCUGUUAAGUCAUCUCUAAUAUUUUUUGUACUUUUAGUUUAUGGUUAUUUGACUAAUCAUUAUAAACCUUAUGAAGCUGGAGAUUUGAACUAAAUUGACAGUUUAUAAACAGCAAUUUGUAAAGUUUCAAUAAUUUUAUCAUAAACUAUUUACACUUCUUAGAGUUUGAAUAUCUAAGAAAUAGUGAUACCAUCUUAUUUUUUAUUGGCAUUACUUAAUCUAUUCUUUAUAGUAAGAGUUAUCUCUAAAAUCUUAUUUGCUUACUUUGAUCGAUUGUCUUGGCAUGUAGAUAAAGUAAAAUAAUAUAUCUCAUUAAAAUUUCCUUAUAUUGUAAAAAAUAAUAAAUAUUGUUUACGAUUAUUUAGAAAUUCAUAAGAAAGGAAAUAAUUGAUACGCAAACGAUUUUAAUUGAUAAAAAUCUAUUUAAUUUAGCAUGCUAGAUUUAUACUUAAUUAUAAAUAGUAACUAUAUUAAUUAUAAUAGACUUAACAAUCUAAAUAAUGGAGAUAUCAAGAUAUAAUCAGAGUUUGAUAACAAUCCAAGUGAACAAUACCAAUCAACUAGAAAUAAUAGUAAACUAAUGAGGACUAAGAGCAAUUUGCUUACUGCAAGACUUUCAAGAUUUCAUUUACCAUUAAAGAGCCAAGAUAAUUGA